GGACCCUUGCAUGAUAAACCAAUACAAGAGCCACGCUGCUACAUUGUGAGAGAGUUCACUGCGACAGGAAAAAUAUCGUGAGUCUUGUUAUUUCCUCACAUGUCUGGCCAUAUCAGCGAGACUGCAGUAAUCCUUAUAGCCGCCACCCCGCCGAUCGAUACUCCUGACCCAAUACGAAUCAGCGGCCGCCGUCUCUAGCUCUCCUUCAGACUGCUGCAAUACUGACGGUCACAUUUAUUUGGCCGUCCACGAACACCUCAGUAAGCAGUAAGUUUUGCCAGCGAGGGAGGAGGUGCAACCCGCGGCACCAUGUUUGGCUUCCUAAAGAGUGUGGGCCAAGACAUUCUGGAGGAUGUCGUGGAGAACUCCAGGGACGAAAGAAGCAGGCAAGGCUCCAGCAGGGAUUAUCAUGCUUCUGGUGGCCAGCAGCAGUCCGGCCAUGGCUACAAGGAUGUUACUGACCAGAUCACUGAUGAGCUGGGCACCCUCAGACCCAACAACCCCCAGCAACCCGGUGGAAAUUAUGGAGGAGGUGGCCAGUACCAGGGAGGUAGCCAGUACCAGGGAGGUGGACAAUACCAGGGUGGAGGAGAGUACCAGGGAGGAGGAGGGCAGCACCAGGGAGGAGGAGGGCAGUACCAGGGAGGUGGUGGUGAUAUGCUCUCAGGACUUAUUGGUGGCUUCCUUGGUGGUGAUGGGCAGGGUCAGCCUCAAGGAGGUGGCCAGCCAGGUCCUUAUGGGCCACCUUCUGGCCAGUAUGGGGGUGGACCUGGCCCUUAUGGCCCUCCUCCUGGCCAGUAUGGAGGGGGUUAUGGCCCACCUCCUAACCAGUAUGGAGGGGGUUAUGGUCCACCUCCAGGGCAAUAUGGAGGAGGUUACGGGCCACCCCAGGGCCAGUAUGGACCAGGUGGGCAGGGAGGUUACGGCCCUCCACCUGACCAUUCUCAGGGUGGAGGACUGGCAUCACAUAUCAUUGGAGGGAUCCUAGGGGGUGGUGGUGGUGGUGGUGGUGUUCAGGACCAAGGCCAACGCAAGAGUGAUGGCAUGAAUGACCUGAUAUCGGGUAUGGCUGCCAACUAUAUUGGUGGAAUGAUCAGUGGAAAUCAGCCGACCCCGACAAAGAACCAGCAAGUUAACUCAAAUGAUGACCUGCUCUCAAGCCUCAUGUGUGGCUUGGCCAAGGGCUUUGUCAGUGGAAAUCAGGGAGGAGGAGCUGCCAACAUGGGCUCUCAGGGCCAGGGUCAGGUGUCUAGCAUUGCCUCCACCAUCAUGCAAGGCCUGUUCAGUGGUGAAGGUCAAGGCCAACAGGGUGGAGGUAUCACCUCUUCCUUGCAGAAGAUGGGGAUGAACCAGGGCAUGUUGGCUUCAAUAGCCUCCGGUAUCUUCUCCACUUUUAUGAGCAAUAAGACAGCCAAUGAGAACGUGCCCAAUGCUCCACCUCCAGCCUCCAACAAUAUCAUAGGCAACGUGGUCACCAAUGUUAUAAAGGGUCUCCUCAGUGGUGGCAACGAGUCUCAUAUGAAUCAGCUGCAAACAACAGGAGUAAAUGAGCAAAUGGUUGGUUCCAUCGCCUCAAAUGUUGCCAAGGGACUUUUCAGCACUGAGGAGAGUGCUGCUGGCUACCACAAUGCAUCCCAGUCAGCCACUGAACAGCUGGUGUCUGGAGUGACUGGCAGUGUAGUCAAGGGCUUGAUGAGCAACAUGGAUACGUCGGGUGAUGGUAAAGCAGAGAUGCCAGACUCUGUUAUCUCCAAUGCAGCGUCCUCUGCAAUCCGUGAAUACAUGAGUGGUAACAGGGACGGCCAGUCUGAUGGCAGGGCUGGUGGUGGUAUGUCCAGCAUGGCAGCAGCCGUCAUUGGUGAUCUCUUCAGUGGAGACAAGGGGCAGAAUACGCAGAAAAGGACUGGGUUGGACCCCAGCAUGGUGUCUGGCAUGGUGGCCAACAUUGUUGGUGGCCUCAGGGGUCGCCCCCAGACACCAGGAGUAGAGCAGAAAGGUGUCAGCGAUGAUUUAGUUGCAGCAGUGACAUCAUCUGUUAUCAAGGAAAUUGUCAGUCAGGACACUGAGGGGAAAAUCCUUCCGUCAAGAGAUGCAAAUGCCAACAAUCCCAUCGUGACCAAAAUUGCAUCUCAGAUUGUCCAGAAAGUCAUGAGUGAGGAGACAGAGGAUGAGCGGGUGAAGGCAGCGCAGCGUGGGGAAGUGGACAACAGCUUCCUGGGUGGUGUCAUCUCUGAUGUGAUUGGAGGAAUGAUUGGCGGGGGAGGAGCCAGUGGAGGAGGAGGAGGAGGAGGAAUACGUGACCAGAUGAUAGCAGGCAUGGCUUCCCAGUACAUAGGCAACCUGAUCAGUGGUGGUAGUGGUGGAGGCCAGAAGCCGCAGCGGUCCCAGGAUGAUGUCCUGUCUGGCAUUGCAUCCAGCGUGAUUGGUGGAUUAGUCGGUGGUGGCGGUGGUGGUGGUGAGCAGCCCAGGCAUUCAGGAGGAGCUAUUGCCUCAAACAUAAUUGGAAAGAUUGUCAGUGAUGGUGGUGGUGGAGCCUCAGAUGACCUCGUUAGCCAAAUUAAUAUCCAUGGGCCGGGACCAGUGCCUCCUGGACCUGCAGUGCCAGGAGGACCCUCAGGUAUUCCUGGAGGAAUGCCUGGGGGUCAGCCUGGAGUGCAAGGGGGUCAGGGAGGCCCAGAAGCAUCCCUUUACCGAAAAAUUGCUGCCUCAGCUGUAGAAGCUGUAAUAGGCAACAAGCUUGGCGAGGGAGUUGUGGGAGAUGUGGUGAAGGCGACCUCCACUGAUGUUCUGGCUGAGGUUAUGGAGGGGGCAGUGGGAGCACAGUUCACCACAAGGGAAGAUGGUGAAGUGGUGGAGAACCUGACCCAGACCCAGCUGGACCCAUCAAAGCACCGCAUCUUCCCUGGAGGCGGUGGUUUUUUUGGAUCAUUUUGGAGCCAUUCUGGAUCAAAGCACCGCUCCCUCAUCUCCACCAUCAUGAGUAAAGGCGCCUACCAUCUCCGCAACCGACUGUUCCGCGGGGGUGCCCACAAGGCGGCGCGCAUCAGCCCUGCCCACGCUGUCUUUAGGUUUGGGGAGCGUGGGUCUGGCCUGCGUCCCCGUGGCCAAGUGCAGGACUUCUAUGAGCUGCGACAGCAGUGUAUGGACAGUGGCACUCUCUUUGAGGACCCAGACUUCCCAGCUGAAGACUCCUCCAUAUUCUUCUCCCGCUCCCCACCUAAGCCUUUCGAGUGGAAGAGGCCUCAUGAGAUCAUGGCUUUAAAGGAAAUUACAGAUGAACCACAACUUUUCAUUGAUGGAGCAACACGCUUUGAUGUCAAGCAAGGAGAACUAGGUGAUUGCUGGCUGUUGGCUGCUGUGGCAAAUCUUACUCUCAACCGUCGCCUCUUCUACCAAAUUGUACCAAGUGAUCAAGGCUUUGGGGACAACUAUGCUGGUAUAUUCCACUUCAGGUUCUGGCAGUAUGGCCGCUGGGUGGAUGUUGUGGUGGAUGACCGGCUGCCCACCUUCUAUGGGCGGCUGGUCUUCAUGCACUCAGAAGAGAAGAAUGAAUUUUGGUCUGCCUUGGUUGAGAAGGCCUAUGCAAAGCUGCAUGGCUCAUAUGAGGCUCUGAAGGGAGGCACCACCUGUGAGGCUAUGGAGGACUUCACUGGUGGUGUGUCUGAGAUCUAUGACCUGACCAAGGCUCCACCAAAUCUCUUCAAUAUCAUGCUGAAGGCCUAUCAGAGGGGCUCCCUUAUGGGUUGCUCUAUUGAUCCUGACCCCAAUGUUGUGGAGGCACGCUGUGACAAUGGUCUGGUUCGUGGUCAUGCUUACUCCAUUACACGUGUCAAGUAUUGUGACAUCCAGACUCCGAGGGUGUCAGGCAAGAUCCCUCUGGUGCGCAUCCGUAACCCUUGGGGCAAUGAAGCAGAAUGGGUUGGCCCCUGGAGUGACAAGAGUCAAGAAUGGCAGUUCAUUCCUCCUGAGGAGAAACAAGAGAUGGGUCUCACCUUUGAGCAUGAUGGAGAAUUCUGGAUGUCUUUCAAGGACUUCUUGACCAAUUUCACCAUGCUGGAGAUGACCAACCUCAACCCUGACUCUCUGGAGGAUGAGGACAUCACUGGCUCUGUGCAACACAAGUGGGAGAUGAGUGUGUUUGAGGGAGCCUGGAUCAGGGGUUCCUCAUCUGGUGGCUGCAGGAAUUUCCUUGAUACAUUCUGGCACAAUCCUCAGUACAGAAUCACUUUAACUGAGGUUGAUGACGAUGAUGAUGACAACAAGUGUACAGUGAUUGUGGCACUGAUGCAGAAGAAUCGCCGUUCACAGAGGAAGCUUGGCUUAGAGUGCCUUACUAUUGGUUUUGCAAUUUAUCAUCUGCGAGACCCAGACAGUGUUCCUCGGCCUUUAGAUCUGAGCUUCUUCAAAUACUCUGCUUCAGUGGCUCGUUCCCCAUCCUUCAUCAACAUGAGGGAGGUGUCUUGUCGUUUCAAGCUGCCCCCCGGCACUUACUGCAUUGUGCCAUCCACCUUUGAGCCCAAUGAAGAAGGAGAAUUCAUUUUAAGAGUCUUCUCAGAAAAAGCUAAUGAAAUGGAGGAAAAUGAUGAAGACGUGGGCUUUGGCCAAGUGGAUGAGAGGAAUUCAACUUUGAGGGCUUCACCAAGGACGUGUGCCGCAGCAUGAUUGCCAUGAUGGAUGUGGACCGCUCAGGGAAGCUGGGACUCCAAGAAUUCUUGCAGCUGUGGAUGGACAUCAGAGUGUGGAAGAAUGCCUUCAAGCUAUAUGAUAAGGACAACUCAGGACAGCUGUGUUCAUUUGAGCUGCGCCAGGCCCUCAAUUCUGCCGGCUAUCGCCUCAAUCAUCACAUUUCUGAUGCUCUCAUGCUGCGCUAUGGUGACAGGGAUGGCAAGGUGUCAUUUGAUGACUUCAUCAUGUGUUCUGUGAAGCUAAAAACCAUGAUGGGCCUACAGGAUGAUCCUGACAAGAUGCAGGAAUUCUAUGAUGAACUAAUGAGUGAGCAACAGGAGAACCCUGAAGAGGAAGAAGAGCAGGAGGAUGAGGAAUAAAAAAUCUUCCAUGAGAAGGACCCAGACAAGACUACCAAGGCAAACUUUACCCUGGAGGAGUGGGUGGAGAACACUAUGUACUCUUAGGAACAUCACUUUUAUUUUUAACUGAACUUACUGAUCUUUUUGAUGGAACUGUUUGUUUAUAGUUCAAAAUUUUUUUUUUUUUAAGUGCAUUUUGCAUAUGCACUGAAAAAUUAUUUAUUGAUACUUAUCUUAAGGUUCCUUCUGAGUUGGUGGUGUUUGAAAUACUACUUUGUUCAUAUACAUUUCUACCCAAGGUCUGGAAUGCAGAUUAAUUACCAUAGUGUAUGUCUGAAGUCAAGAAUAUAUUGUUUUAUUAUAGCAGUUCCACAGUACACAAUUUGUUUACUCAUUAUUUUACAUACAAAAUCUACAUAUUGUAUAAAGAACUUAUUUGUCAUAAAGGAAGCACAGGCUCUCCAAAAGUGUACAGUUAAGUGUGCCACAUCAGAAUGCACUUGAGUGAGCCAUUUUAUUUCGACAAAAAUGGUGACCUGAAAUGAUGUCCCCAAGUCCCUCCAUUCCAGUUUGGGUCAUGGUAUGAUUAGCAGUAGCCUUUCAUUACUAUCAAAACCUGUCAUGGUGCUAUGAUGUAUUUUAGGUGGAAGGUUAUUCUUCAUUUAUAUUCUAUGUUUGUCUGGAAGUGUUAAAGAUAAACAAAUGCCUUAAAAGUUUGUAGAAUGUAUACUGGUAAGAUUAAUGGUAAUGAAUUCUCUCAUAUACUGUUACAAGUGGCAGUAUUCAUGUCUAUGUAAAGAAGUAUCAUUAUGAUGUGUAUCAUUUAACUGUUACUUUGUUUUUAUUGUAGUACCACAUAUUAUAGCCUUGUAUUAUCAAUGACAUGGCAUUUGUUUGGUCUUCAUACUGUAAGAUAAAGUUCAUUUCUAUUUAAUCUUCACAGUUUAAUGCUUAUAUCUUUAAAUGUUUGUGUAAAAGCUUCUCUAUCUGCCAACCUCUACAGGCCUAAAGAAAACAGUGUUUUCUAAGACAACCUUUAUUAAAGAAUAAAAUUUCACUCUUGCCAUUAGUAUUCAAGGCAGAUUUUAUGGUACUUCCUUUGAAAAUACACUCAGAUGCUGCCUUAUUCAGUAUUUACUGUUUUGCUUAUGGUUCAAUACCACAAAUUAAAGAGUAGUUCUCUAUUAUUGACAAUUCUGGGAUCUUUAUCCUACAUUAAAGACUUCAUUGUUGUGUGUAGGACUGAGUUGUCUCUGCUGGGAAUGUAGAAUGCAUUACUGGGAGGAUGGUAAUUUGCUUUAAUAUUCUCAUUAAUUUAAGGUGAAAUGGUAUCUUUCUACUAGAUACAUACAUUGUUUAUGACAAUGUGUUAGUCUUGCCACCAUGAUUACCUUUGCAGUUUACAGUUUUAUGUAUGUUAGUUACUGUAUUUUUAUGAAAUGCUUAUAAUGUUUGUGAUUUUUUUUCUUUUCUUUUUCAAGAAAACAACUAGGCAAAAUACAUUAUUUAUGAUAGAGAUAUACAUCUAAAUGUAGUUAUGGUAUUAAUGAAAAUAAAUGAGUUUUACAAUACUAUGAUUACUAAAACUA